UUUAUUUUUAGGGCACCUCAAAACGUGGUCUUGGCCCAGCACAAAUUGCAGUCAUGAUGAGAAAUCUAAUGUUACGUCUGGGAUAUAAGAAAUUCUUUAUUCAAGGCACUGAUUGGGGUUCUAUAAUCGGGUCACACAUUGCCACACUAUUCCCUGAAAAUGUUCUUGGCUACCACUCUAACAUGUGUACCGUCUCGAGUCCCAAAUCAAUGAUUAAAGGUCUAAUAGCUGGUUCUUUCCCUGGCAUCUUUGCACCUAAAGGAUAUGAAGACUUCUUUUCUCCGGUAUCGGAAAAAAUACACUUUCUCCUAGAAGAAACAGGUUAUGCUCAUUUACAUUCAACAAAACCCGAUACAAUUGGUACCGCCUUACAUGACAAUCCAGUUGGUUUAGCGGCCUAUAUACUUGAAAAAUUCUCAACAUGGACAAAUGCUACCUAUCGUCAUCUGCCCGAUGGCGGACUUAAGAAACGUUAUAAAUUGGAUGCCCUACUGGAUAAUGUUAUGAUUUAUUAUCUAACAAACUCGAUUACGACAUCGAUGCGCAUUUACAAAGAAGCAGUAACGGAGGAACAACGGGCUCUAAAACUGGAUCGUGUUCCCACGAAUGUACCGACAGCAUGUGCCCGCUUCAAAAACGAAAUGAUGCAUUUCAUGGAUCUGCAGCUGAAGGAUAAAUAUAAAAAUUUAAUACAAAGUACCUACUACAAGGAGGGUGGUCAUUUUGCUGCCAUGGAAGUGUCUGAUAUUGUCUAUAAAGAUUUUAUAGAAUUUGUUAAAAAAGUAGAAAAAAUUAAGAAAAUUACUGGAUACAAAAGAGAAUUGUAA